AGCUGAAUUGACAGUCCCAACCAUCUUCUUAAUAAAUAUUUUUUUUAAAAAAAUAAUAAUAAUAAAAAAAAACCUCUUCAAUCAUAAUAAUAGAGCCUCUCACAACUUGAGUACUGAAACAGCACCCAAGGUUGAGUACCAGCUCCACCUGAUCCACACCUCUGAAAAUUACAAAGAACCCAAGAGAGCAAUGAAUCAAAUGCUAUUAUUACAGAGCUAUAGAUAGAUAUGAUGAGGUUCUAAAACUUUGCUCUCCCAAAACCCCCACACCCCAACCUCAGAGAUGGAAAUGUGGGUUCCAUUCUCUUGCCCACCAAGUGUUUGUUGCAUGUCCUCAGAGAAACUCUUUGUAUAUUAUGGGAGUUGAAGAGGGAGCAAAACAACAAAUCAACAUGGCAUUGUUGCCUCUCCCCUCUUCUUCUCCACUCUCUUCACCCACCACCUCCCACAUCACCAAAUCAAACAUGUCCCUUUCUUUUCUACCCACCUCACUGGCCUUAUCACCCAACAAUCAUCUUCUCCUCUCUCCUGCCUCCAAAACCAUCACACCCACUAAAGAAGAGGUGGCAUUGAGUUCCACGCCGCCGCCUUUAGUAGGCCUCGAUGGCGGGGUCGACUUGUCGUUGAUCGACCGGAGCAUUCUCCGCGAUCACAAGUGCUUGAAGGAGCUCAGCACCUGGGGAAUUGGUGGCCCAUGCAAGUACUUCAUUCAAGUUUCCCGGCCCUCGGAGCUCGUCUCCGCUAUCCGGUACUGUGAAAUGAAGCGCAUUCAGUACUUGAUCGUCGGUAGAGGCUCGAAUUGCCUCUUCGAUGAUCGCGGUUUUGACGGCUUGGUGAUACUGAACCGGCUCGAUCAGUUUGAAGUGAUAGAGCCUGGAGUAUAUAUGGUCGGGAGCGGAUAUCCGUUCAAUCGAUUAGGUGUUAGGUGCUCCGUUGAGGGUUACUCAGGGCUCGAAUUUGCCGGGGGGAUACCUGGAACUGUCGGCGGGGCUGUUUUUAUGAAUGCGGGGGCUAACGAGCAGGAUACUGGCAGCGUAAUUGACGAAGUGGAGAUUGUCACUACAGAGGGAGAGGUACAAAGGCUGAGGAGGAGCGACAUAGCAUUUGGGUACCGUUGGUCGUCGUUCCAAGAAAUGACGGACUUAGCUGCCAUCUUAUCAGCGAGGUUCCGAUUGACAGCUGCAGAGAAGUCGAGGGAGCGGCAACGGGCUCUACUGGAGAGGCGUAGGAGGACCCAGCCGAUCAGAGAACGAACCGCGGGGUCCGUGUUCAGAAACCCUUUGAAUUUAGGAAUAUCGGCGGGAGAAUUAAUCGAGUUGGCGGGGCUCAAAGGGUUUGAGAUAGGAGGUGCAAAAGUUUCUCCACUUCAUGCUAAUUUCUUCAUCAACUUCAACAGUUCUACCUCCUCUGACAUGCUAUUGCUCAUCAACCAUGUAAAAGAAGAGGUGCAUAGGGUUUUUCAGGUGCAACUCAAAGAAGAGAUGAGAUAUGUACCUUACAGAAAUUAAAUUUUAUAUAUGCAAAAAUGAAUUGAAUUCUUUUUGAUCUUCGCAGUCAAUUAAGUACUUGCAAUUAGUGCAAAGUGUGUUACUUAAUGUAGUUUUUAUGAUGUAUUACUUCUGAAAUAAGAUGUUCAGCUAAUAGCAGAUACAUGUGAUUUGA